AAAGAGCCGACCUUCCUUUGCCCUUUGCCUCUUACCCCAGAGCCAGAGAACAAGCCUGGGAGGCUUCGCAGACUGAGGGAGAGAGAUAAUCGUUAGAAAACAGAGAGAGAAAGAAUGGUUUGUUCUCUGUUUCUCUCAAAUUCUAGUACUGCUACAACCAUCUCCUCUCCUUUAGUCCUUUCCCAUAAACUAAGAUGUACACAAGAACACACAAAAAAAGGAAUAUAUUUCUCCACCCCAAUUUCAAGAAGCCCUAGAAUUGGCCUUGCCAGCAUUAAAUGUGCUGUGGAUGCACCUUAUGAAGGUAACAUCCCAAAAUUUCCUCGGAUGAAUGUUUGGGAUCCUUAUAAGCGUCUUGGUAUCAGUCCCUAUGCAUCUGAAGAGGAAAUUUGGAGUUCCCGCAAUUUUCUCAUGCAACAAUAUGCUGGGCAUGAAACAAGUGAAGAAUCAAUAGAAGCUGCCUUUGAGAAACUGUUGAUGACUAGCUUUAGAGAGAGGAAAAAAACAAAAAUUAAUUUGAAAACCAGGCUAAAGAAGAAGGUGGAGGAGUCUCCUCCUUGGGUUAAGAAUUUACUCGAUUUUGUGGAACUUCCUCCAGUGGAAGUCAUUUUUAGGAGAUUGUUCCUCUUUGCAUUUAUGGGUGGCUGGAGUAUCAUGAAUUCUGCGGAAGGGGGUCCUGCUUUCCAGGUCGCAGUCUCUUUGGCAGCUUGCAUAUAUUUCCUCAAUGAGAAGACGAAGAGCUUGGGCAGAGCUUUCAUUAUUGGGCUUGGAGCUCUUGCAGCUGGGUGGGUAUGUGGUUCUGUAUGUGUCCCCGUGAUUCCAACAGUUAUAAUACCCCCAACUUGGACGCUCGAACUCAUGACAUCUUUGGUAUCAUAUCUUUUCUUGUUUCUCGGAUGUACUUUUCUCAAGUGAGAUCUCAGUUGCACAAUGUGCUUGUAGACAUCAUUUUCACGCUUGAAAUUAAACAAGCAUGUGUACAAUUAUUUAAUUUUAUUAAAUAUAAGACUUGGUACAAUUUUUAUUUAAAA